AUGCCGUUCGAGACUUUUGUCACACAGCGAAUAGGUCUAGAAGCGGCCAGUGUUGGAAAUGACGAUUUGACACAGGCUCAGAACUGUCAGAAAACGGGCAAUGUUCCACACUAUUCAGCUCAGCCGCUAUAUCGUCAACGCAUGAGGAUCGGACUAGAGGAUCUACAAGCAAGAGUGACGAUAUACCAGCAAAGGGCAAAAGAGAAAGCGGACAAGGUUGAAAAGCGCAAAUCUUCCAGUCGUGACUCCAAUCAAGCUCAAGCUGCAGACUCGAUUACGAGCCCGCUCAAUGUCUCCGAGGACGAAGUCGAGUUCCGUGAUGAUAUGACUGAAAGCAGCGAGGUCUGA